GUGUGCCGUGGAGAAAGACCAAAGAGCACGCGUUGCCCGUUGUUCGAAGGAAGUCUGUGCCGAAAUCGUGGGUGUGUUUCUAGAAGAAGAGAUAUUCCACUGCGCUAAGGAAACGCUGCAGGAACUCCAGUGCUUCUGCAAAUACUUACAGCGACUUGCGUGGCUACGACAGAAGACAACCCAUCAAAUGAAAGUGCAGCAUUUUUAUCAGCAGUUAUUACGCGAUGCAGUAUGGACUCCACUGGACCUGCCAUCCUUGGUGGCCGAAAAUAUUCCAGUGCAGCAAGAAAAAGUCUUUUGGAAGUUACUUCUGGUGCUGCCGGCCUAUGAGGAAUUCCCACUGGAGGAUCCCAGCAGAAUUCUGGCAGACUGGUUGCAAGCUAAAUUCACAAUCGGUAAAAAUGUCAAGGAUACUGCAUCCGUGGCGGAUGGUCAACUCCAGAACCUUGCUUUACAUACCUCUCUUCAUGUGCAAGGAGAUCAGGCAGUUUGUGUUAAUGUGUGCGUAAAGGUGGCUCACGGGAUACUCAGCCCCCCCGAGCUGGAAGACAUCGAGACUCGGAAAGAGCUGUUCGGCACCAGCGGGCUUAUUCUCUUGCUGCCUCCUCGAGUGAGGAGCGAGGACAUCGCCGAGGAAGACGUCUACUGGCUUUCCGCCUUGCUUCAGCUGAAACGGCUCCUUCAGGGAAAGCCUUUCCACCCAUUGAUCCCUCUGGUGGUUUUUGUUCCAAGCCACGGAGGAGGAGAAGCCAUCGAAAAAGAAGCAGAAGAAGGGUUGAUGCUGCCGGAUUUGAUUUCAGCUAACCUUAUCUCAGACUACAUCGUUGUGGAAAUGCCGGACUCUGUCAAUGACUUGCAAGGCACCGGCAAACUGACUGACGCGGUACAGUGGCUGAUCGCUCAGUGCCCCAGUUCCCUCCAGCUCUGCUGCCAGACACUCACGCAGUACAUUGAAGAUGGCCUCGACCGAGAGUUCAGCCAGCAUUUCUACCAAGACAGGAAGGAAAGGCGGGAGGCUGGCUUGCCCUCCCAAGAUCCCAGUGCUAUCAUAGAGCUGUACAAUAGCGUGGUGCAAUUCCUGGCUGAAGUUGCAACUUCCGAAGAGCUCCGUGACCUGUCCUGGCCUGCGACGGAGUUUGUGGAGCCCGGGGGCAGCAAAGCGCUUCCCCAUCUGCAGUGGAACACACCCAGGCAUUUGGCCUGGCUGAAGAAAGCGGUCCUGUCCUUCCAGAUCCCACAGAUGGAUCUCCCGCCUCUCGGUGCUCCCUGGCGUCCUGUUUACAGCAUGAUUCUCCAGUAUUUGUCCCAGACUGCCAGUUCUCCUCAGACCCAAGCGAUCCUUCAGUCUCAGAUAGAGAACCUGCUUAGCAAAGUGUAUGCCAGGUGGAGGGGCAGGAUGCGUCCCAGCUCGGAAGAGGACGGCCCUUCCGUGGAGGAGAUUCCUUGGGAUAGUAUUUUGGCACUCUGCAUUAACCACAGACUGAGGGACUGGAAGCCUCCUCGCUUGCCAGUAGCACCGG